AUGAAUAAAGAUGAAGAAUUUUUAGAAGAACAUCAUUAUAAAGAUGAUGAUGCAAUUGAAGGAGAAGAGGAACAAGGAGAAGAAGAAGAAUCUGAUUUAGAUGAUGAUAUGUAUAAUAUAGAUGGUGAAACUAAUGAUGAUGAUGAUGAUGAUGAAGCAGAAGAUGAAGAAAGUAGUGAAGAUGAAAAACAAAAUCAAAAGUUUCUUUAUAAAAAGAAACGAAAUUUAACAAAAAGUUCAAGUAAUGGUGAAUUCAAAAUCAUACCAUAUAGUACAUUAAAAGGUAAUACUCCAACCAAAGGUAUCUUAAAGAAUAAAUCACAACCACCACCAAAAAAGAAUAGGAUAGUUUGGGAUGAAGAAAAUUUAACAAUUAAUGAUAUGAAUAAAUCUUCAACAAUGAAAAUUGAUGAACCAAAAACACCUUAUCAUUAUUAUGAAUCUGAAGAAGAAACAGACGAAAGUAAAAAAUAUUUAGAAAAUAAAUUUUUAGAACUUCAAAAUGCUUUAGAUAAACAACAAGAAAAGAGUGAAUGGGAUUCAGAUAAUGAUGAACAACAACAAGAAAAAGAAAAAGAAAAAGAUAAAAAGAAAAAGAAAAAGAAUUUAAAAAUUCAUAUGAGAAGUGACAGCGAUGAUAAUGAUGAUAAUGAAGAUGAAGAUGAAGAUGAAACUGAAGAAAAGAAAGAAAAUAAAAAGAAAUUCGAUAAUUUAAGAAAAGCACAUUAUAAUGAAUUUAAAGUUGUUAGAGAUUUAAAUGCAAAUUUAUCAGAUGACGAACAAUAA